AUGGAUAUACACAGUAAAGAAAGCAAAUUAAAAGAAGACUCUAGCGAUAAAGGUGUUAAUUUUAGUAGUAAUGAUGACUACUUAAAGAAUUGCCCAUUGGUCGAUCAAGAGGUAUCUGAUUGUGCUUCAUUGAAUUAUCCAUGCAUAACCUGUGAUAGAAGUGUUGAUUGUGUUUAUGGGGGCUUGUACAACUACACAUGUUUUGUAAAACCUAAAAUUGUAUGCAAUGGUUCCAAGUCUUUUAACAGAACCGCUAUGUGUCGUUUUUGCUACCAGACUGAUAAAUGGGAACAUCGUUGCGAUCACAAGGCUAAUUGCAAUUCUUUAGCGUCACCCACAAAAUUUUAUUUGACCAACUGUACAGUAUCAGAUGAUGUGUUAUGCUUGGGCAAAAGAAGAUUUUUGAAGAAAAUUAAAUGUUCUUGGACAGCAGGGACUCGAUGGGGCACAGCUCUCAUACUUGCUUUGACACUAGGGGGCUUUGGCGCUGAUAGAUUUUACCUUGGGCAUUGGCAGGAGGGAAUUGGCAAACUCUUCAGUUUUGGGGGACUAGGAGUUUGGACAUUAGUAGAUGCGCUACUAAUUGGAAUUCAUCAUCUUGGGCCUGCAGAUGGUUCAUUAUAUAUC